AUGGGUGAACGAGGCAGAGACGCUGUCAGACCACCUCCUCCCCCGGAACUACUUGGGGGACUUUUGGGUCGACCACCUCCUCCCCCGGAACUACUUGGAGGACUUUUGGGUGGGCCACCACCUCCCCCUCUGGAACUUGGAGGACGUUUACCUCCACCUCCAGAACUGGCUGGAAAAGAGGCGGGGGCCCCGCCUCCUAUCCCUGAAGUCGGGAGUGGUAGAUCAGGCGAAGCAGCAGCCAAACUCCGUACCUCUGGUGUCAAGUUAGGACAAGCCGAUGCUGCUCCCAGACAAAGAGGAAAAGAAGGAAAACUUGAUGAGCCGCCACCACCACCACCUAUCGUUGAAUCUGCGAAUGAAAAAGUAAAAGAUCUUGCUAAGGAAGGCGCGGGGGAAAGGAAAAAAGCCGAAAAGGAGAAGACAGUUGAAAAGGAUAAAAUUAAAAAGGACAAUGGUGGUGAAGAAGAUAUUCCUGAAGUUUCCAGUGGCAAGGAAGGAAAAGCUGGAAAAGGCGAGGGAGAACUAGGCGGCGGACGACUUGUUCGGGAAGCUGCGAUUACAUUGGCUCAAGCUAACAGACUGAUUGAGAAUAGCAUGCAAUUCAUGCAGAGUUCCACCGCUAACUCUACGGAUAUUAAAAAAGCAGCCGAACUAGCCGUCAAGCUUGGAAAUGCCGAAGACUUUUUAAGAGAAGUACUCGCUAGUGCAUCACAGGAUCCAGCAUCUGCUCAAAAAUCUCUCGGAAUUAUAAGAGAUAACGGACAAGUUUUAACGUUGCAAAGGCAAUUAAAUUUGGCUGGAAAAGCUAAUGAAAAGGUGGCUGAGAACAAAUUUGUGAAUGAUGGUGCUCAAAAGAAAUCAAUAGAGGAGGCGCAAAAGAAUCUGGCUUCCCAGUCCAAGACUGUUGAUGAUCAAAUUGCAAUCAUUGCAAAGGAAGGUACCGAUGCUACAGCAAUUGCAGCAGCAGCGCAGAAAGCCUUGGAGGGAGAAUCCGCGCAGCACUUCUCCAGAGAAGUUUUGGCAAGUGGGGCAAAAAACCCGGCGGAAGCUAUGCAAGCCUUGGGAAGUGUAAGAGACCAUCAGUUCAAUCAAGUUGUCGCUGGCCUUAGAUCAAUUGCCGCAAAUAGUAAGAAUGCCGAGGCUGUCAAAACUGCCGUUUCUGUUGUCAAUCAAGGCCGUAAAUUCAUCGUCGCAGCCAAUGAGAAAUUGAUUGAAUUGUCUGGAGGAACUGCUGCAGAAGUAAACGUCAAGGAUAACAACAAGGCGGCCGAGGAAAAAACGAAAGUAGGAGCCGAAGCAGCCAAGCAGAACAAGGACAACAAAUUGGCCGACGUUAAGAAAAACCAGACGGCCGAGAGCAAGGAGCAAGCUGGUGCGGCCAAUGGGAAACCUCAAGAACAGCAGAAAGAGCAGCCCGAAGGAGCCCCGCCGGUUGAAGAAGUUAAGAACAAUGCGGGGGCGGAAGAAGUUGCAGUUGAGGCAGAAGCCACUGGAGUCGAAGUUUAG